AUAAGUAGGACAGCUCUCCUCAUGAUUAUGUUUUCCUUUUCGCACUUUCUGAAUAACAGCCACCAUGAGUAAGUCCAGCUCCCUGAAAGUAAAGAACUUAUUUAAAAUCAAAUCACCUGAUAAAGAAAGCAAGGAGCGGAAACGGUCCUGUUCCCUCAAAGAUGUAACAGCGACCAGCCCCAGAGAAAGGUCGGAGACUUUACCGGCCAACCUCGGUCCCUCGAGCCCGGGAGACAUCGUCACAUUGGCCGGGGAUGUUUUACCAACUUCCCCGAAAGAAAAGAAGUCCAGGAGGCUGUUGUCAUUCAAGAUGAAAAGGAAGAAAUCCAAGCACAAAGAAGAGGCAGGAGGAGAGGUGUUCUUCCCUGAUGAACUGGACAGCUUCCACAGCAACAUGAGCUACGACCAGAUCAGUGUUUCCACAGAGUGCAGUUUCCGGACGAAGUCGGACUGGGAGCCUGAGUCCUCCUCCAUGAUCAGCUUUGAUAUGAAUCAGCCACACCACCCUCCCUCACCCUCCAAAUUCUUCAAGGGUUCGGAGGAGAAGAAGGGAGUGUUAGAUCGCCUCAGCCACUUCUUCAACAAGAGAAAGAAGAGCACUAGAACACGCUCAGACGCCUCCAGCGAUGGAACAACCCCAACAUCCCCCUUGUCUCCAUGCUCACCCCUGCUCCUGGAGGAAGAUGGGCUCAAGACGCUAACUCCAUCUCGAAAAGACAUUGAAGGAGCAGAGUUUGGCGACACACACAGCCAAAGCUCGAGUCCCAGCGGCUCAAGCGUCAUCUCUCUGUCGACCGCCGAUGCAGACCUCCCGUUCGCAGACAGUAACAGCAGCGGCAGAAGCAGUGUGAGGGAGGUGCAUGUGUGCAGGGUCAGCACACCCAUCACUGAAAAGCAGACUGUUAAUCUGCCUCCUACCACUUUGGAUCUCGCUACCACAACUCAACCAAGAGCUGAGUCAGACCUAGGCUUUGCAGAGUCGGUGGAGGAGGAAGUAAGGAGGAGGCUAAGCAGUUUGGAUGGAAAUACUGUGAAAAAUACUAAGGAUAAUGCCGCUAAUCAGAGCUCGACAUUGAAUAUCUCCCUUUCCAAGGCAGCUGAAAACCCAAAGUCACCAAACUUAACCUCUAUAAGCUUGGGAACAAAGAAAAUGUCAGUGAAAAUUGGAGAGAACGGGCACAGCACCGCCUUGAGAGGAAUAACUUUAGGCUCUCGUUCCUCCACCUCGCAACCUGCCACGACCCAACAGGAGGGCGAAGACUCUCCGUACAUAGCGAGGGAAAACAAGAGGAGGGGUCAGGUAUUCUCUUGGGACACUGAAGCCUCGGAAUGGAGCCCAUCACCUGAAAAAGAACAAGCGCCUGAAGGGGAUUCUCCUGUCCAACUAUACAAAGCAUUAUGGGUGGAAACACACCUGGGAGCAGAGGAGGACGUGGGGAGGGAGGGGGAGAAAGAGAAGGAUAUAAUGAAACAAGGGGAGGAAUGCUUCAGAGCAGACUCUCCUCCCGUGCUGGCUAUACCUGUCACAGUAAUUCCUGAGGACGACUCUCUACCCCAGAGCGUGGCAGACUGCCCUUCCACCCCCUCCGAGACUUUGCCGUCAGAAUCAGACAUCUCCUUGGCACUGACUACAGGGGAGUUUCAAACAACAGUACCACAGCCGGAGGAGCCUGGCACUGGCACAGGCUCAAAGCAAAGUUCACUUCAGGAGAAACGCAAGUCGAGGGAACACCGCGUUACGCGCAAGUCUGUGAAUCUGCCUUCCAAGCACAAGGUGUUUGCCCACAAGGUGCGCGUUAGCCCCGAGCCAAGUUUGGAUGGGGACGAAGCAGCGGAAGAGGAGCUCAGCAGAGAUUCAACCACUACAAAGACUUCAGACGCGACAGAAGUGAAGCCACUGCCAAGCCUCCAGGAAAACAACAAUGUGGAACUUAAGGAAGCCAACCUUGAGCCAUUUCCAACAAGAGAUGACACAAAACACUCCGAAACAAACACUCCUGAACCCUUAGUUAUAGAUAACACACAGUCUGCGGCCUCUGAUUUUGAUGAUACCUCUGCAAACUCAGACAUGUUCAGAGCAAAGUCACAAACGCCGGGGUCUGGGAUAAAAGGCCAAGGAACUGCUCAGGCUACACCCUCCAAACGAGGGGUUAAAGCAGCAGCAGAAAGUCGGCAUACCACAGCAAGUGGAGCAAAGGCCCCGUCCUCAGCAGCUGGCAGCAAGGCAAAACUUGUGACAACAAAAGCUAAAGCCUCCACAGAGAGCACAGAAGUUGUAACUUCCAGUGAUAUUCCAGCACAGAGGGAACCUAGCAAUGAUAAAACAGCUUCUAUGUUACCAACAUUAAAAGACCCAAGCACCAGUGGUCCCUCAAGUCCAACUGCUUCCAAGUCUAAAAUCCCCAAAAGGUCGGCAUCAGAUGCUGAUGUGAAAUCACCAGUGACGCCAGAUAAAACUUCAGUGGCUGAUGCUUCCGGGUCAGUGCUCACUUCCAGACUGCAGAGACAACCCAAAGCCAAAGAAGCCUUGAAAUCUCCGGUGAGUCCAGCCAGAGCUGUCAGGAAACAAAGUUUUGAAGAAACCAAAGGAGGCCGAGCUCUGUCAGGGAGCAUUUCUCCAACAAAAACAACAAACAAGACAGGAACAAAGCUUAUUAAAGAAAAGCCAAAUGAGGUCAGUGACCCUACAAAGCUGGUAAACGGCCUGGAGAAUGACCACGGGGAGAGUAGUAUUAAAACAGGACACCAAACAGACAGGGAGAGCUUGGAAGUAAAAAAACAAAGGCAAAACCAUCAGGAGAGCAAUACCUCCUCGGCAUUAAAGAGCCGAUUACCCAUUUCAUCUCCUACAAGAAAGAAGAAUGUGGAUACAACUCUAACAAGUGGAACAAACUUCAAAAGAGUGACAAAUGAUCAGACCGAUUCAGAAAUAUCCAAGACAGAACAGAAGCAAAAGCAGCAAGAAGUAACUCCUGAUGAGAAGCCCGGUAGUGAAACAGCAUCUCCGCUACCUGAAAGUCCCAAGAAAGGAAUCAUGCUGUCACCAAGAUCAUCCAAUCGCAUUACUAAAAGAAGCAUCUGCCAAGAAGAUAGUGACACACAAACCGCUGGUGUCUCUCCACCUCCCACCAAGCAAGAGAAAUCCAUCUCAUCAAGGCUCUCCAAACCCAGCGACUUCAAACGCCAAAAGAGUCCAGUCCCAUCGCCUGUAAGCAAGCUUCCUACAAGAGGUGAGAGAAGCCCCAACAAAAUUAGAUCCAGAAAACAAUCACCAACUGAGAAUUCUGCGAGCACAUCCGCAUCCAAACAGGAGGAUUCAAAUCAGAACAAAGCGUCUGAGAGUGUCAACGCAGAUCAAGUGAAUGACAAUUCUAUAUUUGUAUUCAAGUCUAUAUCCACAGAAGAAAAGGAACAUGGAAUAAAACUCACAGACAGCAUAAGUGAAAACAAAAGAAAAAGGUCAAAAGAUUUAGAGGAGACCGUAACCAGUCCUGCAACAGAGGAGAUUUCAAACAUCCAACAAAUCAAAAACAAUGAUGCAAGUAUUCCAGGAAAGUCUCAAAUAACAGUUACACCACGAAAAGGCUCAGGAGCUGAGGUAUUGCCAAGCAGUGAUGCUGCCAAGGCAAGUUCAUCUCAGACGUCUAUCACUGAUGUAGAUACGGGUGCAAAACUUGAUUCGCAACCCAAAUCAGCUCUCAUUCGAAGUGAAAACACUAAACAGGAACAGGAAACAGCACCAAAGAUUUGUCCGGAAGAAGUAAAAGAGGCAACGCAGCUAGUAGGUAACAGAAAACCAGAUUUAAUCAAAGAUAGAGCCGUUCCAGAGCCAAAUUCUGACGUGUUUGCGAAAGACACAAUACCUGAGGAUGUAACUGAUAUGUCAGCAAAACCUGUUGUGGUUGGCAGCACUCACUCUGACAAAAUGACCCAUUCUGAUCAGGAUCAUGUUUUACCGGGUAGUGUUUCCUUUAAAGAAACAAAUAAGGUCUCUUCUACGGAAUGUAAAAGCAGAAAUAGUCUUCCUGCUAAAGAGCAAGAUGCUGAACCAAAAGCUGUAUUAGCAAGCACUUCCCUUGAUGUUGGUGUUGACCUGGCCAGAAUGGAGCAGCAAAAGGAGUUAUUGAAGGAUCAAACCACCAUCCUUGAAAAUGAUAGACCCCCCACAUUGAUCAGAGAUGUAUUAGAUGAUUUUGAAGAGAAAAGUAAGAAGGAGGUUGGCAAGAAACCAGCAGAGGGUUUGGACACUCAAACAGAGGCUGUGACUGUUUGUGAAUUGCAAAAGAAUGUUGAAAAUCAGAUGAACAAAGAGCGUCUUUUAGUGCCAGGAGAAUGUGAAAGAGAUGAUAAGGUCUCAAAACCAAAUAGAAAGUUAAAUGAUACUGUGCUGGAAAGCGCUGACUCACAGAGCAGUUGCAAAAAGGAGCUGAAGGCCAUAACUAUUGAGGAUGAAGAAAGAAAAGACCUUACAAAAGCACAGAAGUCAACAGAUCUAUCAUCAAGGGAGAAAUGUUCCCAGCCUGACUCAGAGGACGGACCACAGAUGGUAGUUACUGAUGCCCUGGAAGAGACAAAGUCUGAGCAAGCAAGAAGUGCACUCCAGGAAGAUACAGCCAGUUUGGUUGACACAAAGAAGCAAUGUGAGAUUAAGGAAAUUGAAGAGAGUGGUGAUCAGGAAAAUGAUCAGCACAUGAAGACUCAAACUUUGGAAAAUAAACAGAAACCCAAAGUAAGUCUUACCAAAGAUAAAAAGAUCAGGGAUAAGGAGGCAAAACAAGGAGACAUAAAAACUGACGUCGCUAAGAAAAGAAUCACUAAAACUACUAAGAGUAAUACAAAGGAAGUUUCAAUGCAAAAUGUACCAAAUGAUAAUUCCAAAGUUAGGAGCCAAAAGGAACAAAAGACGUUAAUUGCUGGAGAUCAAGAUGCGGACGAAGUAGAGGAGAAUGCUAACGGAUCAGGUAAAUCCAAUGUUCCAAACACUAACGUGGAAAAGCAACCUGCAACAGAAAAAGCUCCAAAGAAUACAACAGAAAGUAAUGUUUCACAAAUUGAUACAACCCAAGAACUAAAAGCAGCAAACACUGAAACCCAGAGUGCUGAAGGUACUAAAGACAACACUGAAACUAAAGAUUCACCAAUCAAAAGUUUGGUGAAUGAGACUCCAAUUGUGAAUGCUCAGAGUGAAAUUAGCAUACAGCAAGAUCAGUUGUCCAUAAUUGUUAGAGAUCAACAUGAGGACAUAACCAAACCAGAUAUAAGCAACUUCGCAGAAUCCAUACAUCCUGAUACUGAAAACCAAAUUCAAGAACAAAAGGAUAGAAGCACUGAAACUCUAACUGAAACAAUUGAUCCCAUAAAGAGUUCUGUGAAUGACACCACAGUUAGGAAUGCUAACAGUGAAGUAAGCACCCAACUAGACCCGAUGUCCACACUUGUGAAAGAGCAAGAUGAGGAAGUUACAAGACCAGUGAAAAACAAAUUAAUAGAAUCCAAAAGUCCAAAAUCAAACCUGGAACAGGAACCACCGACCGAUAAAACUCAAGUUCAAAAGAAACUACUGGAGGAACAGAUUUCACAAACUGAUACAAGUCAAGAACUCCAACCUAUGUGCAAUGAAGAUCGUACCAACACUGACCUAAAACAGGAAGCAGAAGCGCUACAAACAGAAGCUCCAGAGAAGGAAUUAGAAAGCCUAAGUCAAGAUCUAAAGCUUGUAGGCACUGAAACUCAAAGUUCAUCUAGUAUCAAAGGAAAGACCGAAACAAAAGAUUCAACUCCAAAGGUAUCAGAACAUCAAAUUCAAGAACUAAAGGUUGAGAGCACCAAAACUAAGAGUGCUGAUGGAACUAAAAAGAAGACUGAAACAAGGGAUUCAUCAACACAGCAUUUGGUGAAUGAGACAGCAACUGGUAAUGCUAACUAUGACUUUAGCAAGCAAAAGGAUCAGAGGUCUGUAAUUGUUCAAGAUAAACAUAAGGACACAACCAAACCAGAUACAAAUAAAUCAACAGAAUCCAAACCUCCAAAUACUGAUGUGAAACAGGAAGUGAUGAAAGCACAAACCCCAGACAAGAAAUCAGAAAACCUAAUUCAAGAACCAAAGGUUGAAAACACAAAAACCUUGAGUGCUGGUGAAGCUAAAGAGAAGACUGGAACAAAGGAUUUAUCAGUAAAGGGUUUGGUGAGUAAGACCCCAAGUGCAAGCGCUAACUUUGAAGUUAUCAGCCAACAGGAUCAGAAGUCUGUAAUUGUUAAAGAUCAACAUGAGGAUAUAUCCAAUUCAGAUACAAAAAAAUCAACAGAAUCCAAACCUCCAAGUACUGACGCUAAACAGGAAGUUCUAAAAACAGAAGCACCAGAGAAGAAAUCAGAAAACCUAAUUCAAGAACCAAAGGUUGCAAACACAAAAACUGUGAGUGCUAGUGAAGCUAAAGAGAAGACUGAAACAAAGAAUUCAUCAGUAAAGAGUUUGGUGAGAGAGACCGGCAAAUUCCAAAGCUAAC